AUUAACAGCACAUUCGCUGCACGAGGUUUAAACAAAUAACUAGUGAUGUUUUAUUCAUCGAUAAUUUUAAAUUUAUGCGGUUUAAUAUCGACUUCGUUUUUGGAAGUUGAGUCGAAUUUUAUGAAGCCGAAAUUGGAACGAAAUAAUAUUCUCAAUAAAGGUUUAUGGGUCAGGAAUAAAAUUCCGAAAACUAGUUCCAAUUCUUUUAUAUUUAGAGCAAAUUCAUUAGAUGCUGAUAACAUGCUUCAGAGUAAUUUUGAUUUAUUCAGUGAUAAUUUUAUGCAAAACGGGCCUGUUCUAUCAAGCUAUGUUGAGAGAAAUAAACGAUCUGCAUACAAUAAGAAACAAAAAAGACGUAGAGACAAUGUUAAAAAAUGCAACGACGCAAAAUGUGCGAAAGAUCAUACCGAAGAAGGUCAUAAACCUGAUGUUAUAAUAGAUAAACUAAAACCUUCCGUUUUUAAUGACUAUCCAUAUGACGUAUCUGAUAUAUUGAAUAGCGAACAUAAAUACGAUGAUAAUAAUGAAAUAAAUCAAGAUUUAAAUAAAAUGGAUAUAAACGAAGUGUUGAAAACAAGGCCUGAUGGUCUAAAACAAAAGAAACUAGAUAACCAGGAACUUACAACUAUAUCGUCAAAUACAACGAACUAUACUUCGAUAAAUGCUAAGAGAAGUAUGUCAGAAACAAAAGACUACGAAACGAGGCUAAUUAAAAAACUUGAAUUCGUCGAACCGAUCAAUAAAACUGACAAUGAUAUUAAUAAAUUAGAUCGUAGUGUAUUUGAUAGAGAAAAGGACGUUGUUUGGCAUCAAACAGCGCCUAUUGAUGUUAAUGUCUAUAAAGUAUUGCCUAAAACGGACGAUUCGAUACGAUAUAAGCCCAUUUCAGAGAGAGGCUUGAUUAAAGUUCUAUCCAUGCUAACAAAAACUUUCAAGAAAAUAAUGAAACAACAUAAUGAUAUUAAGGACAUACACAAACAACUCCGCUCUAUGAACGAAGACUUUGUGAAAAAUGUGAAUGCUCUGAAUAAACAAUUCACUGAUUUCGAUGCAAAAUACUCCGAAAUUUUAAAAGUCAAUACUGAGUUAAAGAAAAUGGAGGAGAAGCUUAAAACAAAAGAACAAUAUUUCAAUCAGAAAGAAAAAGAGUUUUCAAAGAAUUUAAUUGAUUUCGAAAAUCAACAAAGGAAGUUCUUAGCGCAACAGAAACAAUUUUACAGUGUACAGAAGUUGAUGCUUGAGCAAAAUGAAAAAAUAAACCUAAAACAAAACAUUAUCGCUAAAACACAGAGUGAAAUUUCGCAUAGGCAGAACAAUUUUGCACGCAUUUUGAAGAAAGCUAAGCAGAUAUAUACUAAUAUGAAAAUCCCACAGGGAGUAUUGAAUUCAGGUAUAAAACCUAAAACGUUCAAACCGAAACAAGAAUCAAAUGAAUCACCUACUUCAACUGUAAGACCUACCGCAAGACCAAUAAAAAUUAAUUUAUUAAAUAUACCCGAAGACACACCAAUACAAAACUAUGAUAGACUAAUAUUAGACGAAAAAGAUUAUCAAAAUAUCGAUGAGUUAAUAUACAAAUAUUACUUUAACAAUACAUUCAUAGAUGAUAUUAUGCGAACCAAAAUAUUAGCAAGCUUUGGAAAUUCCGAAAAGCGAAACGCAUUGAUUAAAAAGAAUAAACGAAAUGAAGCCACAGAUAAGAAAACAACAAUUCUUUUGCCUGUUAACAAAAAUGAAAUGAACAAAGAUUUAAAAAAUCUGCAAAGAGAAAGACGAUGGAUUAAACAUUCUAAGAAAAAUUCUAAACGAAAGUUACUAAAGACUAUACCGACUACUACUACUAAACCUGAUCUAAAAAACAUAGAAAUGAAAGGAAAAAUGGACGCUGUAAAGCCAAAUCCUUUUAUUGUAAUGGCAACUAGCUUUUGCAAUGAAUUAGGACACAAUUCAAAUACGCAAAUUUUAAGUUGGUGCAUCGAAAAAGCUUUACGUAGACUUCAAAUUAUGGAUAUACAAUUUUUAAAUCAAAUGAAAACAUCUACAGUUGCAGAUAAAUCUAAAGACGACAUUAAAAAACGAAUAAAAAAUGAAGUUGUACAACCAACGACUCCGUCAAUAAAAAUUGAUUUGCAAACACAUACUCCUACAGAAGAGACAUCAAAACCACAACCUCCGAAAACCGUUGUAACUGAAAAUUCAAACAUCGUCAUGUUCUUUCCCGAUAACGACGAAUUGGAGUCUAAUUUGAAACAAUACGAAUUGAUACCCGACAACGAAGGAACUGUGUACUUUGAUCGGAGUCUGCAUUCAAGUGACAUCGCAAAACUUACAAAUUUUGGCGACAGCGAAGGCUUUUCAGACAUAAUGCCAGGUCUAGACAGCAACUCCAGGGUAGAAGUGGACCCAAGGGCCUUUGAUUUCCAAGCAAGAAGACGAGCUAAUGUACAGAGGAUCAACGAAAGAAUUAUGAAAAUGAAAAUGGUUAGAAGAUAAUUUAAGAAUAUGAGUUCGAAUAAAUAACAUCGUUUUGAUAUAAGUUUUGUAACUGUACAAAUUACAAUAAUAUAAUUUUAUUCCAAUAUAACAUUAAAGGAUAAAAAAUUUACUUAGUUCUGUGAAAAAAAUGUUAUAUUGGAAUGUUAGUAAUAAAUUCUUAUAGUUACUUAAUAGUAUGUAA